AUGACCAUUUCAACUUCGGAAACCAUUCCCUGGGAAGAUGCUAAAACGACUCAGAGCGAUUCAAAUACUGGACUUCUAAAUGGAUUAAAUACACCUCCACCACAAGUACUUGUAGGAAACGAAGAAAAAAUGGAAGAAAUAAGUAAUGGUAUAGGAAAUGAAGGUAUUAAUAGUCAACAAGUUCAAGCAACAUUUGCUGUUGGGUCUAUCAACGAAGCUAGAUCUAGUCAGUCACCUGUUCCCGGAGAGACCAUCAGAAGUGCAUAUCCUUUAAGAAGAUAUGCAAAUAGACACGGAUCUGGUUAUAGUAAUAAUAUAAAUGCACAAAGAACAGUUUUUGAUGGCAAAAGAAUGAGAAAAGCUAUCCAAAGGAGAACUGUAGAUUUCAAUUGUUCUAUUGGAAAAUAUAUGCAGGAUAGAAUAUGGAUUCAAGACCAAAGAAACAUGAGACUUCUAAGACCUAAAGCAGACUUUAUCAUAGAUCUUUUGCCACCCUCAGCUUAUUUGCAUAAUCCGGUAAAUGCAGUAGCAACAAAAUAUGUGCAUACUUCGACCAACAAAAACAGAUAUCCAGUUAAUGUCGUCCGGUGGACGCCUGAAGGGAGACGGUUAAUUACGGGAUUAUCAAGUGGCGAAUUCACAUUAUGGAAUGGCUUAACGUUCAAUUUUGAGACUAUUUUACAGUGGAGCCAUAACGAUAAUUGGAUGGUUACGGCAGAUCACAAAGGUAUCAUAAAAUAUUGGCAAUCCAAUAUGAAUAAUUUGAAGAUGAUUGAAGGUCAUAAAGAAGCUAUUCGAGAUUUAUCAUUUGCACCAACCGAUACAAAAUUUGCUACAUGUUCGGAUGAUGGGACUAUAAAAAUAUGGGACUUUAAUGAAGGAAUUGAAGAAAAAUCUUUAUCUGGACAUGGUUGGGAUGUAAAAGCUGUUGAUUGGCAUCCAUAUAAAUCUUUAUUGGCAUCAGGAUCCAAAGAUAAUCUAAUAAAAUUUUGGGAUCCAAAAUAUGGAAAGAACGUUGCUACUUUGCAUGGACAUAAAAAUACUAUCCUUGGCUUGCAAUGGAAUAAAAAUGGGAAUUGGUUAGGGACCGCGGCUAGAGAUCAACUGGUCAAAGUUUAUGAUAUCAGAAUGAUGAAAGAUUUACAAACUUUUCGUGGACAUAAUAAAGAAGUUUGCUCGAUUACAUGGCAUCCGUCCCAUGAGAAAUUAUUGACUACAGGUGGAUCAGACGGAUGUUUAAUGUAUUGGAUUGUAGGGCAAGAUGAAGCCGUGGAAUCUGUUGAAUAUGCCCAUGAUCAAAAUGUAUGGUCACUUGACUGGCAUCCAAUAGGUCAUAUUUUGGUAUCAGGUUCAAAUGAUCAUUCAACAAGAUUUUGGACGAGAGCGCGUCCUGGUGACACGGCUCAAGAAAAAUUCCAAGCUAACAGGCCAAAAGCAGAAGAAAAUGGGUUGAAAGAAGUUGUUAUUGAAGAUGAAAUAAAAAUGCCGGGUUUACAGCAUUUUAAUCAUGCUAAUGAUGGUAAUAAUGUAGAGGUUAAUGAAAAUAUUGGAGGUGGAGAU